GUUGUGAACGGCUAGUGUCCAUGGACGCUUGCAUUCAGCUGUUGGAACUUCUUAAACCCCUAUACAUACUUUCAAACCAUAAUAAAUAACAGGAAAUCAAGAUGAAAACUGAGUCGAAUGAAAAGUGGAUUGUGUGCCGCGUUUGUCUAAACAAUCCCAGUGAUGGUGAAGAGCUGCUCCAUGAGAUAUUCAGCCAAACGGCCAGUACACGCCUGGACCAAAUGUUGCACAUUUGCGCAGGCAUCCCAGUCAGUCUUGACGACAAAUUUCCGGACAAGAUGUGCAGCAAGUGUGUACGCUGUCUGCGACUUAGCUACAAGUUCCGACAAACGUGCCAGCGAUCCCACCAGCACAUUUUGGACAUGUUGAUGCGCGAGGCCAGCAACUCAGGUAAUUCAGGCGAAGCGGAGCAGCUUGGUCUUUCGGACGAUCUUACGGUUGAGAGCGUUGUCAAGAUUUGGGAACAGGACACCAGCCAACUAGAUGGCGAUUUUAAGGUUGAAAAGGAGGAUUUCCAGCCGUCGCAAGAAGAGUUUAUUACAUACGUUGUAGAGGAAGCCGAUGGUGGAGAUACUAUUGUUUUUGAUGAGGAGGAUCACACGCAGGCUGCCUUUGAUGUCGAGCACACUCUCAUCGAGAAAGCGGAACCGUAUGCUGUGUAUGAGGAAUAUGAACUGCUCAGCACCGAAAACCAAGCCACUUUAUCUGAUCCCGGCCAGGAAACGCGCUCUAACGUUACAGACCUGGCUACAGAAGUGCUUCCGGAUGUAGACAUAACCGAGGAUCUGCUUAGCUCGGACGAGAGUUACGUGGAAGAACCGAGGGUAACUCCGGGAAAUCGCCAGCGUACUAUUAGAAAACUGGCAGCAGUCAACAAAAAAGACAUUGAAGUCGAACCCGCCAAAAAACAAGGCAAAAAGCAGCGCAACAAGCUAUCCACGUAUAUCUGUGACGUAUGCGGGAACAUCUAUCCCUCACAGGCUCGCCUCACCGAGCAUAUAAAAAUCCAUUCGGGUGUGAAGCCCCACGAGUGCGAAAUCUGCGGACGGGGCUUUGUCCAGAACCAGCAGCUGGUGCGGCACAUGAACACCCACACGGGAAACAGACCCUACAAGUGCAACUACUGCCCAGCUGCCUUUGCCGAUCGAUCCACCAAAACCAAACAUCACAGAAUUCAUACUAAGGAGCGUCCCUACGAGUGUGAUGUUUGCUCAAGGACUUUUACCUACUCGGAUAACCUGAAAUUUCACAAAAUGAUCCAUACAGGGGAAAAGCCUCAUGUAUGCGAUCUAUGUGGAAAGGGCUUUGUAAAGGCCUACAAGAUGCGCCUUCAUCGGGUAACGCACGAGAAGCGUGGUUCCUGUUCCUGGAAACCUGACGUCGAAAUAAGCGCCGAGGGAGAGGUCAAGGAGGAGCCCACAAAGUAUAAAUAAUGACUUGAUCUUUUAAAUGGACAAAGACAAGUUUUGGGACUUAAAAAGCCUUUGUUAUAGCUUUUACAUUAAACUGUAUAAAAAGAAAACUACAUUUAAAGCUAGGACUGUAAGCUGGAAAGUUUUCGCUGAACAGUAUAGAGGAAAAAGUUUAAUUAUCAUUUAUGUAUAUAUCCGUUUAUUUGAUAAAAACCUUAAAUUUAAAAUAAAGAAAAAGCAUCAU